AUGAAUGCAGCUACCAAUUCAUGGAGUGCACGUAGUGAACCACUGGAGAUCCCAGCGACACCAGUACCGCGAGCUCCUUCAACCCCCGAGCUACUAGCGGCAACGACUUCUCAUGUCACGAUCUCGUGGCGUAUGCGUCGAGAACUCACGCAGGAAAAUGGCAUCUUUGCUAGGGAAUUCUUCCCCGUCACCAGCUUCCAGGCUCAGCAACAAUGCGACAGUGAGAUCGGCUGGACUACGAUCAGUGAGCGUAUACCGCCGGGGUUUAGUGGCAACAGUGACACCUUUGUAACUGUUGUUGCGUCCUUGGAUCGUCCGCCAGGUUCCACCUGCGAGUUUCGAGUUGCUGCGACGAAUGCCAACGGCCAAGGACCUUUCAGUUUGCCUUCAGCCAAAUUCACAACGUUGCAAACAGCUCCGGGUGCUGUGGCGAACUUACGGGUAGCUCGAGACCCGCUUACUGUGGUCUGGAACACACCUGAGGUGCUGGGCGGUCAUGCACUGGAAGAGCUAACCUACGAUGUGGAAUACCGCACAACUCUCGGCUCGACGUGGACGCGAUUGCCAGCUGAGCUGGUGGACUGCAGCAGUCGACUCGCCAACAUCUCAAUGACGUCGCUGAAAGGAUACACCACGUACGUCACGCGCGUCAGAGCGGUGGCUGAACGGCAAGCUGGUAGCUUCUCCCAGUCCGCAGAGUUCCUGACAGAUUACACGGUUGAAGACGACUCGAACAGCGACAACGUCAAGGAUUUAACCCUUGGAACACGCCAAGUGGUGAUCGCUGCAGCUCGUCAGCAAUGCGCUAACACACAGGACUGGUACUACGUCCAGUUGACUGGGAACGGCGGCAGUGGCGGCUCUACCAGUGGCGAUGAAGCCAAACCUGGCGAGCACGGAGCUGUUCUUGUCUUUCCAGUCACGUGGUCGGGCGAAAGACUGGCGGAACAUUCCUUCUUCUACACGGGAAGUGUCCAGACCUAUCGAGUUCCAAUUGACCAGUCUGCUCCUCAUCUUGCGCAUCGAAUUGUUGCUCUUGAUGUCUACGCCUGGGGCGCUGGGGGAGCUGGUGCGAGGUCGUCAAACGGAGCUUCAAGCGACUUGAGUAACGGCGGAGGAGGCGCCUUUGCACGUGGAGUUUUCCGUGUCAGUGCCGGUGAUGCUGUGGACAUUUUAGUUGGCGGUGGAGGCCUUCAAGACGGUCGGGGUGGGUUCAACGGCGGUGGAAACGGCGGCACAGGCGAUUUCCCAGGCGGCGGGGGCGGUGGCGCGUCUGAAGUGCGCGUGAAUGGACGAACAGCCGUCGUAGCUGCUGGAGGUGGCGGUGCGGGCUCGACGGAUUACUGUUGUGCCCAUGGAGGAGGCGGCGGUGGCUUGGAUGAAGCAGAGUCUGGUCUUGCACCGGAUGCGACAACGAUCCCACUCGACUCACGUGUGACUGGACAAGCAGCUAGAGACGAAUAUCAUUCCUCGAAUGUACCGGGAGACACGAGAGACUUCGAGGGACUCUCAGCGAGACAUGGACACCUCGACUGGGGCUUUGCUGCGAGUAGUGCAGACUACUCCGUUCUAGCAACUGGAGGCACAGGCGCCACGCCAACAACGGCAGGUGUGGCGGGGGCUGCAGGUUCCUAUCGCUAUUCUCUUGAAGGCACGUGUCUGUUGAACCCGCAGACAUCUCUGGUGGACGUCGCCGUGUCUCCGUUGACAGCAUCGCAUUGGCCUUCGAAUGGUCGAAAUGGAAGUGGCGGGAGUGGACAGAGUGGCAAACAAGCGGGUGGAGGCGGAGGUGGAGGGUUUUUCGGUGGCGGAGGAGGAGGCGCAGGUGUUGACGGAGCUGGAGGCGGUGGAGGCAGCAGCUUCGUCUCCUUUAGAGACCUGUUUAAUUCGUUCAAAUCUGGGAUUAGUGACGCUAGUCUGCGAGCACGAGUGAGUGACGAGACCGUAGACAAGCUCCGAGUGACUCCACUGACAUCCUCGAGCGUCAAAGUGAGCUGGAAAGCUCCUCGUUUUGGCUUCUCCCAGCUCGUGGAAGGAUUCGUGAUCGAGAUGGCCAAUCGCUCCGUCAAUGAGGACUUUCGUCUUGUACGUUUGGUCACUCUUCCGGCCACUGAUGUCACGGAGAAGAGCGGUACUCUUACCCUCCACGGUCUUACGCCGACGGCUGCGUACCGUUUCCGAGUGAAAGCUUUGCUGCUCGAUGGACGUGGCACUUUCAGUGAUGUCGUUACGCUGCGUAUGCCUACGAAGCCGAGGAAUACGUGGAGACGUUGCGUCACUCGAACUGUAGACGAGGAGAACACGAGAGCAGGAAUGCGCGUCACCAACACUCCUCCCUUGCAGCGAUUUCCGUCUGCUAGACGAGGACAUUCCCUCACAUUGCUGGACAAUUCUCUGUACCUCUUUGGAGGAAUGGCGAAGAGCUACGAGUGCAGCCGAGCACACAAAGUGCCGUGUUUAUUACAGCCGAGUCCACGAUCAGUGUCCAACGAUUUCUGGCGAUAUGAUCUGCGCACGGAGACGUGGUGGUCUGUGCCUCCGCCAGCGUUGAUACCUUCUCCAAGAGAGAAACACUCGAUGGCAGUGGUGAAUGACCGCUUGAUUCUGUUCGGAGGACGGCAGAACGACGUGUCGGACGCAAAUGACGCCUCGACGUGGGGACCUCGAGCCCUGAAUGAUUUGUGGGAGCUGUCGGUCUCCUCCAGUACAGCGAAACAGACGUCAGUGUCGCUGGAUUCUCGUCAGCCAUCGGCUUUGUCUAUUCCGGAUGGAGGACAAGUCUUUGCGCUUGGGAGGAAGAGUGGUAGUGCUGGUGGAGAGCAACUCUGCGUUGUCAACGUGUCUGUGAGUGUGCAGAUAACACACGCGUGUCCGCACACACUUGGCUUGCAGGUGUUUGGCCCCGGACCUGCAACGUUUCCAGGUCGACAGCAGAGUGCUCACUUUCCUAGAGCGACUGGCACUGCGCCGAAUGCCAGAGCGUUCCCUGUGUUGCUACGUAGUCCCGACGAAGCUGCAGAUAAGAGUGAAUGCGUCCCAAGAACGGAGAAACUGCAGUUCGUGUCGACGUCUAGUCUCGAAGCGCUCUCGGUCUUCCAUCAGCUGCCUGUUGCCGGGAACUGGACGCUUGAGUUGACUGACACUGCAGCGGACGGCUUUGUCGGGACCCUGGACUCGUGGGACGUCACUUUCGACGUUGCUCCUUGCGUUCCUGCCUUCACGUGGACGAAUCUGUCGUCCAUAGCAACGGGAACGGCCCCGACCGCGCGGUUCCAGCACUCGGUUGUCGUAGUCGGGAGCAGUAUGUUCAUCUUCGGAGGCACAGCGGGAGGUACUGGCUCGGAACUGAGCGACUUGUAUCGACUGGAUUAUACCCCCAGUGUGGCGCUCGGUGUCGCGCCAACUGCUCGAUGGACGCAACUUGCGUCUCUGACCGACAGAGAGAGCCCCAGUAUCGCUGAGAGGAGAGUUCAUGCAGGACGGGCAACGUUGCUGACUCCGUUUGAGUUGAUGGCUGUCGGGCGUGGACUCAAGUCUCCUCGACGAGCGUCUCUCGGGUCCAGGACGGCGAUGGCAGCUUCUCGCCUCGAGUCGCAACUGGACGUUCGUUUGAAGCGUCUCGAAGAUCUGAUCGACGGAUGGAGAGCUGUCGCUACUGCAUCUGGAGAGGAUGAGAGCGCUCUUGACGAACAGCGUCCUGUGCCUCGGUACUGGGCUGCUAGCGCCUUUGUUUCCUCACUGCCAGGUAGUAAGGUGCCGCGUGUAUUCCUGUUCGGCGGCCAAGAUGACACGACGCUGCUGGACGAUCUCUGGAGUCUGGAACUGGCUCAGCUAGAUGAGGAUUUCCCUCAAGAUCGUCGAAAGAGUCAACGGAUCAGAGCAUGUGCGUGGAGACAAGAGAACUCGGCGUACAGGACACAAUGGGCAUCGUCUUGUGGGGCAAGCAAUACGGCAGCUGCAGUAGAUAAAUGCACACUGGAGAUGCUGCUGUUGUACGCAUGGUGCGACGAGUAUUACCAGUCGAUUGGAUUAUAA